UCUUUCUCUCCUUCCUAAGAAAACAGGAAAAAAGGGAAGUGGGUAGAGAGACACAAAGGCAUAGAGAGAAGAAAACAAGAGGUGGAGAAAACCUGUACCAAAUGGUGGAGGCACCAACUGGUAGGGAGAAGGUGAAUGAACUAUCCAAAGGGAUCUGGGGUCUCCGAAAUAGGCUGGUUGGCCUUGGACCUCCGUCCAUUCUUGACUGAGUAACGGAUUCGGCCAGAUUCAGAAGAAAAUGUAGAGAAAAGGAGAAAACUUGGGGAUGGAGAAGGCUAAAAACUUAGGAGAGUUUUAUGUCAUGCGGGUUGGGGCGGUUUUGUUUCGGGAAAUUGCUUGCCAAACUUGCUUCCCUAUUCUGUCUGGAUCGAAUGUCCCACCCUACUUGGCCAGCUAAUUCCCUGCUUGGUUGAAGGAAAUUUGAAAAUGGACAAGGAGGCAAGGGAGGGGGGACUCAUACUGGGAUGAUGAUGGUGAUGAUGAAGAUGACAGCGCUUUUAUUUCAGAGUUUCCCUGCUUCCCUCACCCCUCCCCUUAGCCAAGGACAGAGCUUAACACCCUAUCCUACACUUGGAGGGGGGGUGAAGAGUGAGAGGAGGAGGGAGGUCAAAGGCUAUUCCACAGGAGAGAGGGGAAAAGAGGUCGCUUGAAAUUAGUUGAGUCUGUGAGAUCUAGGACGUUUCAAAAUCAGCAUUCUCACCGUUUUUAAUGGGGGAUGAAAUUUCUAUUUUCUGCAUUAAAAUAAAAUCCUCCGCAAAAUUCAGCAUCAGGUCAGGAAGGAGGCCUCAGCAUCUGCUUAGGGGAGGUGGAGGGGGGAUAGAAAAAAAAACUCUAUUGAUGUCAGCUCGCUUUUCAGCGCCUAAGAUGGAUUCGAGACCCAGUCUUCUCCCCUUGUUUCUCCUUUCUCGCUCUGCAGGUCAGCCGCUUCCAACAGACCAGGGGAGGAGGGGGGGGGGGGGGGGGGGGUCCGGCACAUCACGUGACCCCAGGGUGCCAAUGUCCAGUCCUGAGGUAAUCAGGCCCUUGCAAGUUGCCACUCGCCGUCCAGGGCUCUUCCAGAGAUGCAGAAAGCGACCUACUACGAUAACACAGCAGCUCUGUUCGGAGGUUAUUCCUACCCUGGCAGCAAUGGCUUCGGUUACGAAGGGCCCACCCAGCCCCCCUUCCAAUCUGCCACGCAUUUGGAAGGAGACUACCAGCGUUCGGCCUGCUCACUCCAGGCUCUGGGCAACACGGCUUCCCAUGGCAAAAGCAAAGAGUUGAACGGCAGCUGUAUGAGGCCUGGCUUGGCCCCGGAGCACCACUCGGCCCCUCCUCCGGGUUCGCCCCCUCCCAAUACAGCCCCAACCAGCACCAGUAGCAACAGCAAUAAUGCCAGUGGACCCAGCAAAAACGCUCCCCCCAAAUGCGGCCCUGGCUCCAACUCCACCCUCAGCAAACAGAUUUUUCCCUGGAUGAAAGAGUCAAGGCAAAACUCCAAACUGAAAAACAGCUCCCCCAGCACAGAAAGCUGCGGCGGCGGCGGCGGCAGUGGCAGUGGUGGAGGCGGCGGAGGUGGAGGGGGUGGGGGUGGCGGGGGAGGCGGGGGAGGGGACAAGAGCCCGCCGGGAUCCUCGGCUUCCAAACGAGCCCGGACAGCCUACACCAGUGCUCAGCUGGUGGAGCUGGAGAAGGAGUUUCAUUUCAAUCGCUACCUGUGCCGGCCCCGCCGGGUGGAAAUGGCCAACUUACUCAAUCUGAGCGAGCGCCAGAUCAAGAUUUGGUUCCAGAACCGGCGGAUGAAGUAUAAGAAGGACCAGAAGUCCAAGGGGCUGGGCUCGUCGUCGGGAGGCCCAUCUCCGGCCGGCAGCCCCCCUCAGCCCAUGCAAUCUACAGCGGGCUUCAUGAACGCCUUACACACCAUGACCUCCAGCUAUGAGACCCCGUCCCCUCCUGCCUUCGGCAAACCCCACCAGAAUGCCUAUGCUUUGCCGUCGAACUACCAACCGCCACUCAAGGGCUGUGCCGCCCCGCAGAAAUACACGCCCAACCCCGCGCCUCCCGAGUAUGAACCCCACGUCCUCCAAGGCAACGGAGGAGCCUACGGUACACCGAGCAUGCAAAGCAGCCCUGUGUACGUCGGGGGGGGCGGGUACGUGGAUUCACUGCCGCCCCCUGCUGGUCCCUCCCUGUAUGGCCUCAACCACUUGUCCCACCACCCGUCGGGGAACCUGGACUACAACGGGGCGCCCCCUAUGGCCCCCAGCCAGCACCACGGACCUUGCGACCCACACCCCACCUACACAGACCUUUCUUCUCACCAUGCACCUCCUCAGGGUAGAAUCCAAGAAGCGCCCAAAUUGACACACCUGUGAGAGAAGUGAGGGAGGUGGAGUAGAGGAGCACAAGGAGGAAAGAGGGUGUGGGAAAGAGCCAGGUAGACUGAGAUUGCCCAGAGGUGAUGGAGAGGACAGAAGGGAGGAUUAUAGGGACACAGGCAGUUUCUCUGUGAAGAAAGGGCCUGGUGGGAACUGGGGAUUGCCUCACUCUCCCAGGUCUCCACAUCACAAAAUUUGCAUUCAAACUUACCUCCUUCAACCUGCCAAUUAAAGAACCGAAUCCAAACCAGGCUAGAGAUCUUUUCCCUCUCCACCCCCAUUCUCUGCCCUCAUUUUCCCUAGUAUUUCCAAAGCUCCAAAACAGCUUUUAGUUAGAAUGCCAUG